UCCUCACUGCUGGGGAAUCUCCUUGAGCCACCGAGGGUCGAGAAACAAAAGCCGGACGAAGCCCCCUCCGUUCCAAUACCUCCCCGCUCCCUCCCUUUCUUUCGCGUAGGCGCCAAGCUGUAGGUGGAGCCCGCGCCCCGGCCGCUCCAGUCCGGGUUUUCCAAACGUCUCUGCUCCUCCUGAUUGCUCCGCGGGGCUUCGGUCUGGGGGUUUCAAGCGCUGCUCGCUGGGGACGACGUCCUUCGCCCCAUCCCUGCUGGGCUCGUGCCUUGGCUGCCGGCCUACUUCUGCGGUGCCCACCAGCGGCUGUCAGUUGCUCUUCGCCGCUGCUGCUGCGCCCAGGACGUGAGCUAGAGAGCGGUGCCUCCCCCGACCCUCGCUCGUUGGCCCAGCUGUCUGUCUCCGGGUUUUGGGGGGGAGUGGAGGCCAAUCGGACCCCCGCCCCAAUCGGAGAAAGAAAGCAGCGCAGGAGCCAGCCGGACUCUCCAGCCGCGGGAACGGCGGCAGCCGCCGCCUGUAGCUCGGCCGAGGUGAUGGCGGCGGCUGGAGGCUGCCUGUGCUCGGGCAGGCGGCGGCGGUGGUGGCGGCGCUGCAGCGGCUGCUCUGAGCAGUGAGUGGAGCGCAGCCGCAGCGGCGGGGGGCGCGCGCGCUAGGGCGCAAGGCUGGCGGUCGCGGCGAGCGAGGCUGAGGGAACGACGCGGUUCAGCGCGGCCCGCCGGGCGGGCGGCCUCUCUCCGGAUUCUGGCUUAGGCGGGCGCGGCGCCGGCGCGAGACUCGCUUCUCUAGUCGCUGCCGAAAGAAAUGCUGAAUUUGGUAAUCUGCAGAAGAUAAAUGGAUUUUUAGCAGUUGAAGAACAAAUUCAGGUCUUGAAUUUUGGAUAUUGGGUGAGGGUGUUGGUUUAGGGGAUAGUCUGUCUGCCACCCUGUUUGGAUUAAAGUGAAUAUCACCCGGAGGAUUACCAGCAGAGAGAAAUCUUGCUUCAUUUCUUUUGGAAACUUUCGUUGUUGAAUUACCCUUAUGUUUUGGUCCCCAGUCAUGUGGUCACCACAGCUGCUGUUCCUCACAAUGCUCUUGGCAUCCACAGUUCAUGCUUUCAGUCGUGCCCCCGUUCCUAUGGCAGUGGUCCGGAGGGAACUAUCCUGUGAAAGCUACCCAAUUGAACUACGUUGCCCAGGAACAGAUGUUAUCAUGAUUGAAAGUGCCAACUAUGGCAGGACAGAUGAUAAAAUCUGUGACUCUGAUCCAGCUCAGAUGGAAAAUAUCCGCUGUUAUCUGCCAGAUGCCUAUAAGAUUAUGACUCAAAGGUGCAGCAACCGGACACAGUGUGCAGUGGUAGCAGGUCCAGAUGUGUUUCCUGACCCUUGUCCAGGAACAUACAAGUAUCUAGAAGUGCAAUAUGAAUGUGUCCCUUACAUUUUUCUUUGCCCUGGACUACUAAAAGGAGUGUAUCAGAGUGAACAUUUAUUUGAAUCUGAUCACCAGUCGGGAGCCUGGUGUAAGGAUCCAUUGCAGGCUUCUGACAAAAUUUACUACAUGCCAUGGACCCCAUACAGAACUGACACUCUGACAGAGUACUCUUCCAAGGAUGAUUUCAUUGCUGGAAGACCAACUACAACUUACAAGUUGCCACACAGGGUAGAUGGCACUGGGUUUGUAGUGUAUGAUGGGGCUUUAUUUUUCAACAAAGAACGAACCAGGAACAUUGUCAAAUUUGAUCUACGGACAAGAAUAAAAAGUGGGGAAGCCAUCAUUGCUAAUGCCAACUACCAUGACACAUCUCCUUACAGAUGGGGAGGCAAGUCUGAUAUAGACUUGGCUGUGGAUGAGAAUGGUCUUUGGGUGAUCUAUGCAACUGAGCAAAACAACGGCAAAAUAGUAAUUAGUCAGCUGAACCCUUACACCUUAAGGAUUGAAGGGACAUGGGAUACAUCUUAUGACAAGAGGUCGGCUUCCAAUGCAUUCAUGGUGUGUGGCAUUUUAUAUGUGGUGAAAUCUGUGUAUGAAGAUGAUGAUAAUGAAGCAACGGGAAAUAAAAUAGACUAUAUUUACAACACUGAACAAAGCAAGGAAAGUGUAGUGGAUGUUCCUUUUCCGAACUCAUACCAAUAUAUUGCUGCUGUGGAUUAUAAUCCAAGGGACAACCUUCUCUACGUAUGGAACAACUACCAUGUGGUUAAAUACUCUUUGGAUUUUGGACCCAUGGACAGCAGAACAGGGCAGGCACACCACGGUCAGGUUUCCUACCUUGUUCCUCCAAUUCAUCUGGAUUCUGAUUUUGAGAGGCAAUCAUUUAAGGCAUCGACAUCUGGAGCAACAGGUUUGGGUGGGACUACCACAAGCACGACUCCCCGAGUUACUACCAGCAGCACGGCACGCACAACCACUGCAUCAGCUUUGGGCAGAAGGAACAAGAGUACGACUACCCCUUCUCCGGGUUUGGAUGUCCCCAACGAAAUGGCCACACAUCUGCCACCUGCAGCUUCCCAGCUGCCUGCCGUGGGGGCAGAGAGCUGUGAGACUGUGGAAGCCCGUGAUAUCGCAUGGUUUAAGACCCGACAAGGGCAGAUGGCUAAGCAGCCGUGCCCGAGGGGCACUGUAGGGGUUUCAACAUUUCUGUGCCUUGCUCCUGGUGGGAUCUGGGAUCCUCAAGGGCCAGACCUCAGCAACUGUUCUUCACUUUGGGUCAACCAUAUCACACAGAAGCUGAAGUCAGGAGAGACAGCUGCCAACGUUGCUAGAGAACUUGCCGAGCAAACAAAAAACCACCUGAAUGCUGGGGACAUCACCUACUCGGUUCGUGCCAUGGAUCAGUUGGUGGGUUUGUUGGAUGUGCAGCUCCGGAACUUGACACCUGGUGGAAAAGAUAGUGCUGCACGUAGCUUAAACAAGCUUCAGAAACGAGAACGGUCCUGCAGAGCCUAUGUCCAGGCCAUGGUUGAAACAGUCAAUAACCUCCUGCAGCCACAAGCUUUGAAUGCAUGGAGGGACCUGCCUGCAAGUGAUCAACUUCGUGCAGCAACCAUGUUACUGGACACCGUGGAAGAAAGUGCCUUUGUAUUGGCUGACAACCUUCUCAAGACUGAUAUUGUGAGGGAGAACACUGACAACAUUCAACUGGAAGUUGCAAGGCUAAGCACAGAUGGAAACUUAGAAGACCUGAAGUUUCCACAGAAUACAGGCUAUGGCAGCACCAUCCAGCUCUCAGCAAACACACUGAAACAGAAUGGUCGAAAUGGUGAAAUCAGAGUGGCUUUUGUACUAUACAACAACCUGGGCCCCUACCUAUCCACAGAAAAUGCCAGCAUGAAACUGGGGAUGGAAGCUAUGUCUACCAAUCACUCUGUCAUAGUGAACUCCCCCAUCAUUACAGCAGCAAUAAAUAAAGAAUUCAGCAAUAAGGUUUAUCUGGCUGAUCCUGUUGUGUUCACUGUCAGACACAUCAAGCAGUCAGAGGAAAAUUUCAACCCUAACUGUUCAUUCUGGAGCUAUUCUAAACGCACAAUGACAGGAUAUUGGUCAACUCAAGGAUGUCGGCUUCUGACAACAAACAAGACACACACAACAUGCUGCUGUAAUCAUCUGACCAACUUUGCUGUCCUAAUGGCCCAUGUGGAAGUCAAGCAUGGUGAUGCAGUCCAUGACCUACUCCUGGAUGUCAUUACCUGGGUUGGCAUUCUCCUGUCCCUCGUCUGCCUCCUGAUCUGCAUCUUUACUUUCUGCUUCUUCCGUGGGCUCCAGAGUGACAGAAAUACUAUCCAUAAAAACUUAUGCAUCAGUCUGUUUGUGGCAGAGCUUCUCUUUCUUAUUGGGAUCAACAGGGCGGACCAGCCGAUAGCCUGUGCUGUGUUUGCCGCCCUCUUGCACUUCUUCUUCCUCUCUGCUUUCACCUGGAUGUUUCUGGAGGGAGUACAGCUCUACAUCAUGUUGGUGGAGGUCUUUGAGAGUGAGCAUUCACGCAGGAAGUACUUCUACUUGGUUGGCUAUGGCAUGCCUGCUCUAAUUGUGGCUGUUUCGGCGGCAGUAGACUACAGAAGUUACGGCACGGGAAAAGUAUGUUGGCUUCGACUUGACACUUACUUCAUCUGGAGUUUUAUAGGACCUGCAACCUUAAUAAUUAUGCUUAAUGUAAUCUUCCUUGGGAUUGCUCUUUAUAAAAUGUUUCAUCAUACAGCCAUAUUGAAACCUGAAUCUGGGUGUCUCGACAAUAUCAAGUCAUGGGUAAUAGGUGCAAUAGCUCUGCUCUGCCUAUUAGGACUGACUUGGGCCUUUGGACUUAUGUAUAUUAAUGAAAGCACAGUCAUCAUGGCGUACCUCUUCACCAUUUUCAAUUCUCUGCAGGGAAUGUUUAUAUUCAUUUUCCAUUGUGUCCUCCAGAAAAAGGUGCGUAAAGAAUAUGGGAAAUGCCUGCGUACACAUUGCUGUAGUGGGAAAAGUACAGAGAGCUCCAUUGGUUCAGGAAAAACAUCUGGGUCACGAACUCCUGGACGAUAUUCCACAGGCUCACAGAGUCGCAUUCGCAGGAUGUGGAAUGACACUGUUCGAAAACAAUCAGAGUCCUCUUUCAUCACUGGUGAUAUAAACAGUUCAGCGUCACUUAACAGAGAGGGGCUUCUGAACAAUGCCAGGGAUACAAGUGUCAUGGAUACUCUACCACUGAAUGGUAACCACGGCAAUAGCUACAGCAUUGCCAGCAGCGAGUACCUGAGCAACUGUGUGCAAAUAAUUGACCGUAGCUAUAACCACAGUGAGACUGCCUUAGAGAAAAAGAUCCUGAAAGAACUCACUUCCAACUAUAUACCUUCCUACCUGAACAACCAUGAGUGCUCUAAUGAACAGAAUAGGAAUCUGAUGAACAAAUUCGUCAACAACCUAGGCAGUGGGAGCGAGGAUGAUGCAAUUGUUCUCGACGAUGCCACCUCCUUCAACCAAGAAGACAGCCUGGGCUUAGAACUCAUCCAUGAGGAAUCGGAUGCCCCAUUGUUACCCCCGAGGGUUUACUCUGCAGAGAAUCACCAGCCUCACAAUUACAGCAGGAGACGGAUUCCACAAGACAACAGUGAGAGUUUUUUCCCCUUGCUAACCAAUGAGCACACAGAAGAUCUCCAGUCCCCCAAAAGGGACUCUCUUUAUACUAGUAUGCCUGCUCUGGCCGGCAUGCCAGCCACAGAAAGUGUCACCACCAGCACUCAGACCGACCCCCCACCAGCCAAAAGUGGUGAUGCUGAUGAUGUGUACUACAAGAGCAUGCCAAACCUGGGCUCCAGAAAGCAUGUCCAACAGCUACACACUUACUACCAGCUGGGGCGAGGCAGCAGUGAUGGAUUUAUAGUCCCGCCAAAUAAGGAUGGGACCCCGUCAGAAGAAACCUCCAAAGGACCAGCUCACUUGGUCACUAGUCUAUAGAACAUUAAGCAAACAUUUUAACAAAACAAAUGCCCCGUGUUCCACACCUGGAUUACUGUUUGGAGUUAAAUCAAAGCGGUGGUAAUAUUGUGUGUCCUGCUUCAUGCUGUUCUAAACAACAAACAAUUCUCAUAUCUUUUUAAUGGAAUUUGUAGGCCCACCCUGGAAGAAUGCUAACUGCUGUGAUUCCCUCCCCUUUCCCUGCCCCCAUUCGCCCCACCUAAGAAAGACUUCGGUAUGCUAAUUAAAGGGAUGCACCAGGAAAUGGUCCACUGUGUGGCCUUCUGAAAUUAUACUGUGUUUGUUUAAGCGUCUUUGGAUGCUCUCUUCCUCUUAUUACCAAGGACCUGAUUUACAAAAGGCCAUUUGAAACAACUAGCAAUGAUGCAUCUAGAUUGGAGUGCUGCACAAAACAGAGGCAAAAAUAGCAAAACUGUUUAUUCUGAAUCUGUAUCACAUAAUAGUUUUUUGGUCUCUCGCCACUUGAUUUAUCCACAGCUCACUUAGCUGUGAAGCAAACAAAAUCUAACUAAAUAGAAAGGAAGUCUGUAAUUGUAUGCUACAUGGCAUAUUUUUAUGUUUUGCUGUAAUAACUGAUAAUUCUAAUGGCAGAAAAAAUUGAACAAUUCCUAUGUAAUGUACAGAUACUAGCAUUGCACAUAUAGUCUGCUUUUUGUUCUGCCAGAACUUGCGUCCCUGUUAAUGUAGUGGAAAAACAAACAAACUUUUUUCUGUUGUGCUGGUCUUGCAAGUUUGUCUACCAGUAGGAGAAAGAUUUUUCAUACAUCCUUUUUUGGCCUUUUUUCCAUUAAAAAAUUCAUUGGGUAAAAUAAAGCAAUUCACUUUAUAAAUAUCUUUUUAUCUAUCAGUUCAGUCACACCACACUUCAGUAGUCUGAUCUAUAUAUAUAUAUUUUCCAACAUUAUAUUUCUUUAUUCAGUCUAUAAAUUUACCAACAGGACCUUUUUCAAAUUAGAAAACUUGAUGAAUGUUUAUGUUUACAGCGCACAAUCGAUGGAGAUGCUGCAGCGUUUGUGGCAAACAACCCUUUACCAAGACAUUAGGUGAUAACUUCCUAGGAGUCUGGAUAUUAUAAGAGUAAUAACGGGGCUUCUGCAUGUGACCACAAUGUCUCUGUAGGAGUGAAAGUCUAGUCCCCAGGCUAGGAACUGCAGUGGUUAAAAAAAAGAAAAAAAAUGAUUCACAGCAGAUAUUUAAAAAAAAGAAGAAAACCCAUAUUUUUAAGUGGUUCUAAAUAAAAACCCUUCCUAACUGGAAAUGUAUUUAUUUGACAAGAUUUAAAGUAAUGCAGGCCUUCCCAGGAGGUAAAUUAGCAGCACAGAUUCUACUUUUUUUUAUUUAUGCAUUUUGUAUGGUCACCAAGGUGAAUGACCUCAUUACUAAUAUUUGUUGUAAUAGUGAAAUUUGUUUGCCAACCAAUAAACAACUGAUUACGAUUUAGAAGGCACUGUAUAUAUGUCCUGUACAAUCAGUCUCUCCUAAUUUAUCUCCCUCUUUCCAUCUUCAGCAAAAGGAGUUCAGCUCUUUUAGAGCUGACGGUAGCUAUGCAAAUGAAAGGAUUAUUCAGCACAGAAUUAUGCAGAGAGGAUCUAGAAAAAUUAAGCCAAACUACUAGAAUCUUGAGGCAGACAUAGAAAGUACCUGUUUUAUACUGGAGGCUUCUGUCCACUUUAGCAUUAGCAUUUGACAUUAAAAGGACUUCAGACAUGUUUUUCAUCAUACUUUUUUGUACAUUAUCCAUCCUGUAUGUAGCUUUUGGUGAUAUUAAUAAGUCUACAGGGGCCAAACUAGACAUGACGUUAAUUGCAUGAAUGCAGUUAACAUGCAUUUAAUUAUGUACAUUUAUAAUUGUAUGUAUAUAGCAACCAAGGGGAACCCUAAGCAAUCUCAAGACUGUGGAGAGUGGAAAAUUUAACUUUCUCUCCUUGCCAGCAUCCCAACAAAAAUCUCUCUGAAGCAGGUGUUUGCAUUUCAAGGGAAGCUCCCAUUGGUGCCAACUGAGGCUUCCCUUAAAAUGCAAACAGCAGCUUCAGAGAUAUUUUUGUAUGGAUCAUAGGGAAAGAAAGACAGAAGCUUCCUCCUUCCAUUGCAUAGUCCCAAGACUGCUUAGGCUUCCCCUUGUCUGUUUUACAUACAAAAAGGGGGCACAUUAAUUGCAUCCAAUGCAGUUAAUGUAACUUUCAGCUUAACCCUGUGUUGUGUCCAAGAGAAAAACUCACAUGAAGCCUCUCCAAAAUCCUACAUUGUUUUUUGUUUUAGCGCUUGGCAAUUGACAAUUGUGUUACCUGCAAAGGAGGCUUUACUCCCUAUUGCUUGAGCGUUUGAAAAAGGCCCUCUACAUUUCAGGAGGAGAUGAAAUAGCAGGGCUGAGUUGUAUCCGCUGGAGAGAUGUUGACAGAACCCCUCCGGCAUUCCACGCCCCAACCUAAGUGCUCUUUUGUUGAUACUUGCUUGCAGGAUUUUGCAAAAUAAAUUUAAAAAAUCCACCAGUUGUACUUGAAGUUUAUUUAUUGAGA